CGUCGCACGAUGAGCAAUGCUUUCGCCAAAUCAGUCUAUCAAUUGCUAUCGAUUUGGUAGUCAUUGUAACCACUGCUGCGGUGGCUGCUAACGACUGCCAGUCGGGCAGUUCAGCAAACGAGACAAGCAAGUUGCAGGCAACGAACCCGAAACAUAGAACCUAACACAGCAGGAACCAGACGCUUCCCAGGCCCAGGCUGCUGUGGGUUGGUUUUUUAACACCGGGGCAGUACGUAACGUAAGACAACACUGUUGCCAGCCGCCAGUUCUGAGACACUUAUCUGGUCUUCUCUAGCGACUGGAUCCUUCUUCGCCGCGUUCCAGUCGGCAUCUUCACCACCUGCACUGUUUCCAUUAGAAUACAUUGGACCAUUAUUUAGCUUGGCGUUGGAGCCGGGUCGGCGCUUCGAUGCUGCGACUUCGACGUUGCAAGCAACGUUAGCCAGUUCUACAGCGUCUGACUGUGCGCGUGUGUGCCGGUAGCUGGUGCCGAUUUUUCUUCAGCGUCUGGGAGGAACGUUAUGCAGAAGUCGUGGUAGUCAGUCGCAAUCGUCAUAGCAUCGCAGUAACGGUGGCGCUAAGAUUAACUCUGCUUUUGCUGUUCCUGUCGUAUGUUUGUGCCCUUCGUAACGUUUUGUGGUGAGGCAUCGAGGCCGGUUGGUCCCGAUGCUACUGAAGGGCUGACUAACUAACUAACUUAAGGUAUCACUGCCGCUGUCUCUUGUUGUAAAUCUGAACGUGGGCAGUUCGCUGUUUUGCUGUCGUUUACCGGAAAUUACUGCUUCGUCUGUUUUGCAUUUUCGUUUGCCCUGUCUGCGCUCUACUCGCUCUGAAACCAGCCGGCGGCGGAUGAAACUAAAGUCGCCAGCUGAGCCCCAUUGACGCUACAGCGAGAACGUAGCGUCUAACGAACAAUCAGUGACGCGCGCGACACACCCCACAUAACAGCGAUCGUGCUUAUUUGAAAAGGGAUUGCUGACAAGUCUCCGUAUCAGUUUUGUGUUUGUAUAUGUGCAUGUGCAGCAUAAUUUGUAACUAUAAAAUAGACUAGAUGCUAGUAACGGGUUUACAGAGCCAUCAUAUAACCAAAUGCGGCACACAGACAGGUCGGCGUGCUGAAGUAAAAGGUUGCUAUUGCUUUCACCGUUGUUGUUGUUGUUGUUGUUCUUGUUGUUGCGCCUGCUGCUGUUAUUGUGUUUAAGCGGGCGGGAUUCUAUGAGUCGUUCAUUUAUGCCUAUCUUGUUAAUGCGGUCCAAUAUGCCAGUAGACUAGUGUCGAUUUGUCAUUAGCUGGCCGCGUAGCAAUACCGACAGGCUGUGUGAGCUACAUACAAUUAACGAAUUGGAUCCUCGUAGCCGAUAAUAGCGCCUAUAAAUGUCAAUCAGCAAAUGAAAAAAAGUGAAAUGCAAGCGCUGAGCAACCCAUACGGCCAUAUGUCGAUGGUGUGAAAACACGGAGAAACUAGAAGGGCUGGGAAGGAUUACUGUGAUUGUCGGUGAGGUUGGAAUAGAAAGUGUGACCGAGGCUGAUCUUGACACUGGUCAUUACAAUAGAGUCAGCAAUGACUGUGAACAUAAACACGACCUCGCGGAUGAGGUGGAGCACGAUUUUCGGAAUGUUGGUGCUUUUUGGCAGGGUCGGUGACGCGAUCAUUCCUGAAUUAGAACUCUCACAAUUUGCUGGUAGAAUAAGUGCUUUAAAUGAAACCGAUCUAAUAGCGUUUCAUGGAACGAUAGCAAAGAAAGUACUAUCGGCGGCCAGAUACGCCAGCCCGCUGGAUCUCGGUGGGCUAAGUGUGCUGAUACGGGAUGAGAAUACGUAUGUAAAUGUCACACUGUCGCGAGUGAAAAUCGAAGGACUGAAUAGCCUGCGUGUCUUGGACGUGGCCACGAGUACGCAGCAUCUCCGCGCGUCCGUUCUUCUACGGGCGGCCCAAAUGCGGUUGAAGUCAAUGUUUAAAUUAAAGGGUUUUAUCAACAACCAAGCAAAUUCAAGCACGAUCUAUGAUGGAGGUCUCUUUGAAAUGCAUGUAGAUCGGCCAGCUAUCUCGUGGUUUGCCCGACUUGUGGGCGAAAAGAAUGGCGAGCUCAAUGUUGCACAGUCGGGUGUGCGCACGCACAUGAACGAAGUUGACUUUACGUUUACAUCGACGGCAGAAAAGCACGAGCUUUCAGCAGAAAUUCUUGAAACACUGGGAAUGGCACUGGUAGAUGAAUGCCGACUGCGUCUAGAGCGGACUCUUGGACAGUAUAUCGAUAAGGCCAUGAGACGAGCAAAGCCUGAUGUUGCCCGGGUACUUGAAGAGCUGCUUCUGCGUGAUGAUGUGCCUCUGACGUUUGGUGUUGGUUCGCACUGCAAAGGAGCGACUUGCGACGGCAUCGAAAAGCCGCGCGGAUCUCCAGGACUUCAGAUUGUUCAAGAUAUUCGGAUAAUACAGACAGAAACAGGUUCUCGGCCGCAUCAUCGGUCCCGGCGGCAGGUGCCCUGUAACAAUGGCACAGAGCUCGAUGACUACGUCGACUAUUUAUUCCGAUUUGCGCGGCGUCUAAUUCGAGUCAUGGAGCCUAUUCCAGGCCCAAAUAUAACCGUGUGCGUUGAGGACUCACUUCAGAUCUUUCUGCAUGAUCUGCAGGUGCGUGGGGUGCACACGCUUUCUCGCCAGAAACCUGCGUACGUAAAGUGCAGUAAGCAUGGAGAUGUUACCGUUGGUCUCGUUGUUAGAGUGGACAAUAUUAUCGGCGCGGCUAAAUAUAAGGUGAUCCAUGACUACAGGCAUCUUUUGUUCCAGGGUGACGCCGACUUCAAGCUAAAGGACACAGUAGUGUGGGUGCAGAUUUCACAGUUAGGAAAUGGAAAUAAUCGACUCGACGUAUUUAGAAUAUGGCGACUUGGGAAGAUCCACAUACGAAUGCGCGGACUUGGGGGGGUGACGUCCGCGCUUUCGAUGUUACUCAAUCGUAUCAUUAACGAAGAUCCCUGGAACGUAAUUCCCAUUGCUGAAGCGCAGAUGAUCACCUUCGGCAGGGAAAUGCUAGCCAAUGUUACCGUGCCAAUUUUUUCACUUGUGUAAUUUUUGUCAGCUUACAAACAACUUAUCAUAAUUAUCCCAGGCUUCUGGAUCAUUUAAAGACUUUAUUAAUUAAAUUUCUUUCGCAACAAUGCGGUAAUUGCGAAACCUGAAGCCGGUAGCCUUUAGAGGAACCCUGCCUGUUCAAGCACUGCCUUGUCUCCCGGGUACCUUGAAGGUUAAUCACAACCGCGUUCGUGCAUAAAACGUAGCCCGCAAAUCUGCCAAAUUAAUUUUCGCAAUUUGCCGAGUAUGGUAACAGCUCCAGUUUCGCAUAGGGUUCUCGCGUUCUGCGUAGGACCAACACAUGCACAUACAUUCUUUGCUAAAAUGCACCCAGGGAGCCUUCCACGAAGACGAUCUGUGUGCUACUGGUGUUCAAAUUACGGAUGCUAUAACACCAACUCAACUAUUACCUAACUCAUUGCCAAAAAACAACAAGAGUACCGUCAUACUGCACCAUUCGUUUUGCGGAUUACGUCGAUCUACGAUAACACGACCCAGACAACGCCCAAGAGUGUUUGUUGUUCGACCCAAACAGGUGUGAUGCUACUUCAUCAUUGCGUAAGUAAAUGGCAGAGAAGAACUUUCAGCUGAGGUUGCCUUCAGAAAAAUUAAGCAUCGCCAUCGAGGGGUUUGUUUAUGUCUUUGUCUGCUGACGUCUGUUGGUGAUCGGUAACCGCCAAAAUAUCGUUGAUCGUGUGUGGGCGCGCGAAUCUUUUCAACGGCGGCCAAAUCAGUUUGUGUCACAAGGAACAACAGUUGCGUCUUCUCAUAGUAUGUCUUCAGCGUACGUAUCCAAGUAGGCCUUCUCCUCACCACCUCGUUCUGACUGAUGCUGCUAUUAAUGAUGUUACCUUCUGCAGCGAAAACAGCCGCAAAGGUUCUGUAAUUGGUGUUUGUCGCCUAUUGGAUGACGACGGGCUGACGGUCACCAACGUCCCGGUCGUCCACUAAUCCAUUGAAAUAAACAAGGUUGAUCUAAAACCUUCAGAUCUUCUUGUGUGCUUUGCUCUCUUCCUUUCUUUUUGUACGUCCUUUCAGCUUUUUUUAAAUGAAACGAUGCCCAGCCACCUGAAGCACACACACACGGUGUACAUGUUGACAAUGAUUGGUCAAACGUACCUUAUUGGAGCGCAGAGACUGCUCUAGUGAUGUUAUGAGAUCAUAGUUUGACCCUGUGUUAGUUGUUUUCGUGUCCUUUUGACAGGAUAGACAGAACCCGUUAGUUUUUCCUUCGCCCCAUGGAAAAACUUUCAAGUAAAUUCUGUUGAAUCCUAGUUUUUUCUAGAUGUUUGUAAGGUGUCGUAAAAACGUUUGUUACGUCGCUAUUUAUAAACAGGACCGCGCGAAGAAUAUAAUUCAAGUAGAAUUAAAACGUAUACGCAUUGUGCCAACAUGGCCUGAAUUAAACAUUUUGUAGCCAAGACGCGCGCGCUUUGUGUCGUGAAAAGCAGCAUCUUGUCAAGAGUGAGCUUUGAGGCGUAAAUAUGUUUUUUUGCAUUUUCAUUCGGCACACUCAGUUUUCUACAGUGCUAGUAUAUAUUUUGAACCUCGUUGCUUCCGCUGGUAGCUGAUCAAGCGUUCCUGUCUAUGCAAGAGCAUGGAUUAGCUGCUACGGAGCGCGGUAAAAAAAAUAAUUGCAAAUAAUGACUGUAAUGCGACUUCACAGCUUCGCAACUCUUAAGAAGUGAGUAAAAUCAAAAUCACGAUAGAUUUAUCGGCUAUCGGCGCAUUAUAGAUUAAGAUAAGCUAGACGCGUUCCGAAACGGAUUUAUAUCGGAGCAAUAAUCUACACGGCCCUUUUAAUCACAAAGGAUGGAAGCUUACGAACGAUAUCUUCAGUGUCAAACACAGCUCUAGUCCACUGAAGUUUCUUUUACGCUUUACCAACUUGCUGCUUGCAAUAGUCUUCAUGAACAAAUGAUUCUGAGUUCCUCUUUGCGUUUCCUCUGUUGGUCUUCUAUUAAUCGGAGCGUAAACGAAUGCGAUGUGAUAGUUUAGUAUCAGUCAACCUAUUUCUGUGACAUAAAAUCAUACGUUUCGUACUUUUGCUAUAUCGUCCCGAUGGACAUAAUCUUGACUGCCACCUCUCAUACAGUAUUUUAUGUCGUGAAGAUGUUGUGUCGAUAUUAGAACUUCAUCUACUGAUACCCAAUCUCGUUUGUGACCGUUGUUCUUUGUUGUUGACCUCGAAUAUAGAUUGAAAGUUCACGUCAGGCACCGUCAUGCCUUCAUCAUUUCAUCAACCUGUUACCAUAGUACCAACCUAGGACGCCAUCCCACCGAACGCUAGCUACCCGCAUGCAACAAAUAGCCUCUGAAGAAUGCUCGCUGGUCCGUUACCGUUACUGAACAGGCAAUAUGGUGACGUUUGAGAAGGACGCCACACAGCUGUAAAUUGUUGUAUAAAAUGCAGUAUAUAUACAAUAAGUUUUGACAUAAACAUGCAAACGUGUAGGUCAUAUGAUAUAACAUGUAGCCAUAGUUAUUUUCAUGCUCUAGCGGAAACAUGCAGAUACAUCUAUAUAUAAACCCAGGUAACUCAGACUGCCAAACAAUUUAGUAUAGAACAGUUCUGUUUUCUAUAGAUAUAUAUAUAUAUAUAUAUUGUUAUGCGCCAUAUUGAUUUUAAUGCGUAACCAGAAUAUAUAUAUAUAUAUAUAUAUAUAGUGACCGCUGCUAGACAACAAUUAUUCGUAAUGAAAUUAUGAUAAGAAGAAUAAAAAAAAAAAUGCUGUUUUUAUAUAAUUGUACGUUGCGGUAGAACGUUGACAAACAAAUGAAAAAUAUAAUCGUAUCGACAUGAUGUAGAAGUG